UAACGUCUCUCUUCUCAUCAUUCAUUCAUACUCUCUCUCUCUCUCUCUCACACACACACACACACACUCUUCAUCACUCUAGUGCUGCUACUGUUACUUCCUCCACUUCGCUUCUUCUUCAAUUAGGUUUUCAUUUUCUUCAACAACAAUGAACAUCUUCAAGAAGAAAACCUCACCCAAAGAAGUGGAAGUUCAUUUAGUUAUUUUUUUUUUGUAUGACAGAAGCUCUGCGACAAAGUAAGAGAGAAAUGUCUACUGCAACUAGAGGAAUUGAAAGAGAGAUAGCAUCGCUUCAGAUGGAGGAAAAGAAGUUGGUGGCAGAGAUUAAAAAAGAAGCAAAAACUGGAAAUGAGGCUGCUACAAGAAUCUUGGCUCGUCAACUAGUUAGGUUACGCCAACAGAUAACCAAUUUGCAGGGAAGUCGUGCUCAGAUCAGGGGUGUAGCAACUCACACACAGGCAUUAUAUGCAAGCACUUCAAUCUCGACAGGGAUGAAGGGUGCAACUAAAGCAAUGGUGGCAAUGAAUAAGCAAAUGGCACCGGCAAAGCAGGCUAAAGUGAUACAAGAAUUCCAAAAGCAAUCAGCACAAAUGGACAUGACGAUUGAGAUGAUGUCAGAAUCUAUUGAUGAAACUUUAGACAAAGAUGAAGCCGAGGAAGAAUCUGAAGAGCUCACUAACCAGGUUCUUGAUGAAAUUGGAGUGGAUAUUGCAUCACAGUUAUCUUCUGCUCCGAAAGGUCGGAUUGCUUCAAGGACAACUGAAAAUGUUGCUCCAAGAUCAGAAUCCCAAGAUGUUGAAGAGCUUGAAAAGAGAUUGGCUUCUCUACGAAGAAUAUAAAGAUCUGCUACAGCUGUUGAUAGAUGUGUUUCUUAAUGUACAAAUUCAUCAUAUAUUCUAUAUAGCAACAAUAAGAUUGUACUCUAAUGGCACCUCAUUUUGUUACUGCUUUUAUUCGUUGUUAGAUAUGAAGCAUAGUUGCGGGACUCGAAUGUAUCACUAGCAGAAGCAUUUAUAAAUUGGGCGUUUGUUUGGUUAGGAUCUAA